AUGUCGUACUUCACUAUCCUGGCUUUCGCGGUAACGUCCGCGGCACUCCCUGUGCAGAUUCUCGCGUUCGUCAUAUCUGCAGCGGCGCUCAUCGCUCUCGCCUUCGCGCUGUGGCCUCCUGCCAGUUCGCCAACGACCGCACUACAUUCAGCAGCAGGCGCGAGCGCAACUCAUCAGACCCCUACGACCGCUCAGAAUACCCCGCCCGCCGGCGGAACCGCGACGACUCAAGCCCCUGCGCCCGACACGAAAACGCGGCGCCUCACCCUUCUCGCUUUCGCCUUGACCGCAAUGGCCCUUCCCGUGCAGUUCUUCGCGUUCGUCGUGACCUCGGCCACGCUCCCGGUGCAGAUCCUCGCUUUCGUCACCAGCGCCUCUGCUCUCCAGGUCCAGAUGUCAGGCCUUUCGGCUGCAGCCGGGGAUGCGUCUACCUUCGGGGCACUCAAGGGCGGCUUUUCUGCCUCCUCCCCGGCACGGUGGGCCAUUCCUGCGAGCUUCAAGAUUCCCUCCAGCAUCUGGUCCGGUGAUGAAGGCGCCUCCCUCGGCGAACAGCGUGCCACCACCUCGCCCACCUCGCCCAAGCCUCCCGUGUCCAGCGAGUCUCCCGCGCCCAGAAAUGCGUUGGACUUUGCCCUCGACCUGGCAAACUCGACCAUCAGAUUGCGUGGCAAGUCCAACGACUCGUCGCCGCAUGACCUAGCGUACGUAGGCGGCAGAGGCGUCGGCGGUUGGGCCAUGGGCAUCGCCGGCACUGGGGGUUAUGGCGGAGAGGGGGGUUUCGGAGGUGAAGGGACGGGUGGGAACAGCACGGGCGCUAGUGGCAGCGGCGGUGCAGGCGGUGCCGGCGGCGCUGGUGGCGCGGGAGCUGGCGGUCUCGGUGGCCUCGGAGGCGCUGGGAGCGGGGGCAACAACAACAGAGGCGGCGCGGGAUACGGCGGCGCGGGCACCAUCAUCAUUGGCGACAACAAUACCGUCGAGGUGUACGGAGGCUGCAACGACACGCGCCCCACGACAGCGCCUGAAGCCCCUCUUCUCUCUGUUGGGAGCGCGUCCCUCGUUGAUGAUGACCCGUCCCUCGUCGGUGAUGACCCGUCCCUCGAUGACGACGACGACAUCGAGUUAAUGGCACCUGCGGAACCUAGAGGUAAGACGGUCGAGAGCAGCUGCAAUAUCACCUCGGGGAAUGGCAACUAUAGCUCCAACUGUAGCAAUUCCUUGGUGUCUACGUGCUAA